UGAAGGUACCCCAAGUCCCCAUCCCCCCUAACACACCAAAGUAUGCCUAUGGAAGAGUGAACAUGAUGCUGAUGUCCACUGUUCCUAAUCUAUUGGACAAGCUGACCCACCAUGGCCCUUUUGUCACUAGAUACCCUCUUACCAUGGAACAAGUCUACCAGAACUAUGGUUUCAUAUACUAUCGCCAUGUGGUGAAGUUAGACUGGCACAAUGCAGUGCUGGAUGUCUCUGCAGUACGAGACAGGGGAUAUGUUUUGAUUAACAGUGUACCUCAAGGUGUGGUCAUCAGGGAGUCCAGCCAGACUAAACUGACCAUCACAGCCCUGACUGGUCAGUACCUGGACAUCCUGGUGGAAAACCAGGGGAGGAUUAACUAUGGGUCAGGCAUCAACAAUAACACCAAGGGUCUGAUUGCUAAUGUUACUAUAAAUGGACUCAUCCUGAAAGAUUGGUUUAUAUAUCCACUGAAUGUGUCAGAAAAGGUGCUUAAUAACCUGGACUCAGCAGUCCAGUCCAAACAAAGUUCUCCUCCCAAGUAUUCUGGUGUCAGCCAGUACAUUACUCCUUCCUUAUUUGUGGGCCAGAUCCAGAUGCCCAACAAAACUGGGUUCCCACAGGAUACAUACCUCAGGACUGAUGGCUGGUUUAAAGGCCAGGCCUAUGUCAAUGGGUUUAACCUGGGGCGGUACUGGCCCAGUGCAGGCCCCCAGCUGACUCUCUAUGUCCCCAAGGGGGCCCUCAGGCCCUACCCCGCCACUAACACACUGGUGCUCCUAGAGCUGGAAUAUGCUCCAUGUAGCCAGACACGAAAUGAGAUUGAGGUGGACUACUGCUUUGUGGAGUUUGUGACCACACCUGUUAUCAAUGCCACUACUGUUAGUCUGGAGAGGAGGGAGGAAUGGAAUAGGGCUGGGGGAUUUAAUUGGCAUGAUCAGCAUUAAAAGGGGGGGUGGUGGGUGAUUGUGAUUUUAUAUAUUUGGGUACAGGUGCUACCAGUUGAAUUGACUUAUCUUUUUAAAAAAAUUAUUAGUGGUGUUUUUUUAUAGAUUCAGAGUUAGGGACAACGAUGGUGAAAUGUGUGGCAAUAUAUCUAACUUUUUUUGAUGUGAUUUUUUUAUAAAUUUUAUGAAUUGCUGUUCACAUCUCUAUUUCUUAUACUUCCACAUAGUUAUGUAUUUAUGUGCAAUUUGAUUGUUAUCUCAUGCAGCUGAAUGACAUUCUAUGUGAUUGGUUUGAAAAAUUUGGAAAUUGAUUAAACAGCUUCAUAUCAAAUGUGAGAUUAUCUGCACCAUCGAUAACACACAUAUGCGCACAUGCGCACACACACACACAUACACAUUGAUAUCUAGAUAAAUUUACAUUAUCCAUGCAUCACAUUUAUAUAUCUUUUAACAUAUAUUUUUUUCUGUUAGGAAAUUUCAUACAGAUCAUUAUAUAAUAGCAUUCUUAAAUAUUUUCAUAGUUGUCUUUUCAAAUUACAUAUCAUCUUUAUGCCCGUCUUAAGCUGCUCUGACUAUAUGAAAUCCAGAAUCAUUUGAAUUCAAUCCCAAAAGUAUGAAGGCAGUAGUAGUAGUUGUAAUUGAUAGAAUUUCCCAGAUGAAAUUAUUGUUAAAAUGUGCAUUCACUUGAUCAAACAUUCCAAUUGAUUAUUAAAUGUUUCUCUAGCGAAGUUGCAUAUUAGGUUUCAGAUAUUGUGACUGAUUAGGACUAUAGCGUAUGACUGCAAUAUUUGUUUUGAAUGAGAUUUAGUUUUAAAUAUAUAAAUGUAAUAAUAUAUAUAUUGUGAGAUCAAGUGAGUGAUGAAUGAUAGCAAGAAAAGUUAAUGGCCAGUUAAACACAAGAAAACUUGUUAGUAUACAUAUUUUAAAAAGACUGGUAUAAGAGUUAAGAUAGUGAUAGGAGUCUCUCAACUGAGAAUCUGAAAACACAAUCAGAAUUUGUUUCUCCAGAGUGCUAGUCCAUCAAACAGUAUGUCAACAAAACAUUUUAUACAGAAAAGUGUUCAUUUUAUGCAGAAAAGUUCUUUGUUGCUCUGGGUCAAACCCACAUGUGAUAUGCCUACGAAGUCUUUAUAUUUUUGAAUACCUCAUUGUUAUGUCCGUAUGAGUUUGUCUCAUUUGUGUUCUUUGAGAAAACGUGCUGGCACUGUAUUGUUUUGUGAUAUUGUAUUUGUUACUUCAUAUUACAACAAGGUCCUUUGGAAUCCUCUUGGGGUUCUCAUUAGUUGAGGGAUGUUCUAGUUGUGGACAAUGUUUGUGUACAUUACUGGAUUUACAAAGGUGCUGCUUGUUUGCUUGCUUAUUUCAUUUUGACUAGUCCAAGAGUGCCUCACUCACUUCAAGGAGCCUUCCUGGUUAUGUGGAAGGUUACACUUCAAGUCCGUUAAAUUAUGCUAUUUUACAGCAAUAAACAUUGAUUAAUUAGCGACAGAGUAAAAUUCUGCUAGAAAUGAGUAUGUUAACGUCUUUGUGAAUAAAAAGUUGUUUACACAUAAA